GGUGUUAUGCAAAAGUUCCCCCUUCGGUGUGACAGAUCUCUCGAUGUACUGAAGAUUUUCAAUAUUCCCUGAUAGUAAUUAAAGCCCCGAAGUAGUGAUAUAAAAGAUGUCUUCAACGUCAACAUUCAGGCAGGACAUGCCACCCGAAGGGGGCUACAAGAAAAUCCCCUAUGCCCGCGUUCCGGCCAGGCAAUACUUCAGCGGCUACCAAAUGAUCGCCGGAUUCGCUGGCAUUACUGCUUUCGGCUUUGUUAUGUACUAUCAAUCAAUGAAGUGGGUGCGUCGAAACGAAAUUGAACAGCGCUCGGCCCGCAAUGCGAUCCUGCCUCUUCUGCUGGCGGAAAGGGACCGUGAGUACUUGAAGCAACUACGAAGGAACCGUGACGAGGAGGAGAAGCUGAUGGCCAACGUCAAGGGAUGGAAGGUCGGUACCUGGUACGGAGAACCGAUUUACAAGACCAUUCCAGAGGAUACUCUCUUGGAGCCAAACUUCAAGGAAUUCUACGCCCACAGCGACUACAAAUCGUUGGCCAAGCGAGCGAACUUCACACUCUGGACGUAGGCGUUUUGUGGAGCCUUUUGGGUCUCUGUGCGUUUAAAGAGUUUGAAUUUGUUUAGUAAAAAUUUAAUUCUCCAAAAAUAAUAAAAUGUAUUUGUACUGAG